CAAUAACUCAAGGUCAUCGUGGUCAAGGGGAUCACCGCCAUGGAGUUCCCCAGGGAGCUCAUUAUGCAGCAAUCCCCGGCCCUGUUCAUCGAUAUCAUCUACAUCCUCAUCCUAUUCAGGGGGUUCGAAUUCCUCUUCUGGCUCACGAGGGGGUAGCUUGUCGUAGUAAUCAUUGGGAUGAUCGAGUUCGUUGCCUUCACCCCGCACCCUUGCACCACCAUCGGCCAACACCGGUGCGAAGGCGACUUGUGCGGCGGCACUUACUCGGCCAACAACCGCUACUCGGGCACCUGCGACCCGGACGGCUGCGACUUCAACUCGUACCGGCAGGGCGUCCGCGAUUUCUACGGUCCGGGUCCGGGCAUGUUUACCGUCGACACCAACCAAAAAUUCACCGUCGUCACGCAAUUCCUCACCAAAGGCUCCUCCAACGGUCAACUCUCCGAAAUCAAGCGCUUCUACGUGCAAAACGGCAAGACGAUCGCCAACUCGGAAUCGGCCAUUUCCGGCAACCCGGGUAAUUCUCUUACUCCCGAAUUCUGCAAGGCCCAAAAGGUGGCGUUCGGCGACGCGGAUAUUUCUGCGAACAAGGGCGGGUUUGCGCAGUUUAGUGCGGCGAUUGCCAGGCCGAUGGUGCUGGUCAUGAGUCUGUGGGACGAUCACCAUUCGAAUAUGUUGUGGUUGGAUUCGACGUUUCCCGUGGAUGCGGCGGACCCGGAGGCGCCGGGCAAGGGGAGGGGCACGUGUGAGACGAGUUCGGGCGUGCCGGCGGAGGUGGAGAGUAGUCAGGGGAGUAAUCAGGUUGUUUAUUCCAACAUCAAGCUCGGUCCUAUUGGCUCGACCUUCAAGCAACCUUGAGAUUGGACUCCUUCAAGCAAGAAAAAAAAGCUUCCGCUAUAAAGCCCUGCAGCGGCACUACCUAUCCGGAGUCAUGGAAGUCCUUUUUUCCGUCUCAGCUUAUGGGUGGGUCUUCCUUACUUUGAUGAUGAAGUGUCGCUUCUAGAAGAAGGAUUAUUGGCAAUAGAGAGUUUGUCCAGCUAUGUAGAUGAAAAAGAAUGACAGGAUGUUCGGAGAACAACAGAGAAUGAAGAGUCUUACAUACAUACAUACAUGCAACAGUUCAGAUCAUAUUGGGACAUAUUUUGGCUGUUUGUUACUUUAACGGGCUCACUUAUUCUUUCUGUGUUGUUAGUUACCUCAAACUGAUCCCGUUCUUUGUCAAUAUUCGGAAACAUUCGGCUUUGGUCACGGUCGGUGGCUGCUCUCUGCAGCAUUCGUCUCCGUUC